GGCAGUGAAGAAGAGCGAGGCGGUGCGGAAGGUCCAACGACGACUGAACCCAACAGUGACUCGACAAACCCCGCGCAGUCCACUGCCGGCGCCCGGCCGCCCGAGAGCGAAGGGCAGACGCAAGGGGCGGCGGCGGCGCAGAGCAGUGGCCAACCCGACGCUGUGCCGCCGCUGCGCGGAGGUGAGAGCGGUGGAGGGUCCCUAACCCCGGCGGAGGGACGCGGGGCAGCCGCCGCCGAGGCGCAGCAGCAGGGCGAGGCGGCGGGCCCCAGCACCGUCACUGAGGGCGCCGCGCCUACCGCGCGGGCCGAUGCGUCCGAAGUCGCUCCUGCGGCCACCAACGGUGCUGUCGCCCCCGCUGGUGCGAAGGACGGUGCUUCUGCACCGGCCAACCGGCCAUUUGCUAAUGCCGCCGCCUCCGGGAGCGCAGCGCCAAGCAACGCGGACGGCAGUGACGUCACAACCACUUUUUUUGUGCGUGCCCCACUGCUGCUGCUGCUCACGGCUGCCCUUGCCUGUGCUGCUGCGUAG